CCUCUCUAAGCGCAUAUUUUGACGUCUUGAUACCUUGCGGUUGUAUUUUUUGUUUACAUCGUUCUUUGCAUCGUUUAUAAACAUUUCUUGAAUAAAAGAGCCUUGAUAAUGGCUUCAGACGACGAGGAUGAUAAGAUUUAUGUGAAAAAGACAAACACAAUCCACUACGGCUCGCUGGAGGAAACAUUAAGCGAACGCUUGGAAAACAUUUCCGAUGAUUCCAACGACUUUACCGAAUUGAAACCGGAACGUGUCAAAUCGCCGGUUCAAGCAAACAUCCACACUUCGAGCGACUAUUUCGAUUUGGAGCAAGAAGUAUCCAAAGAUAAAAUUGCGUUGCUUGAAGAGUUCGAACGAAGACGCAAAGCCCGACAGAUUAACGUCAGUACAGACGAUGUGGAAGUGAAAAAAGACUUGCGACGUCUCAAUGAACCAAUCUGUUUGUUCGGCGAAGGACCAGCUGAGAGACGACGACGAUUAAAGGAAUUGCUUUCGAAUCUAGGGGAGAAUGCCAUAAAACAGAAGAUCCAAGAAGAGGAGGAGAGAAAACAGUUACAAAAGGAACAAGAGACAACGUGGUACCACGAAGGACCGGAUGCAUUGAGAGUGUCCAGAUUUUGGAUAGCAAAUUAUUCAUUGCCACGGGCGAAAGAACGACUGGAAAAUGCCCGGUCAAUGUUGGAACUGCCAAGUGCCACCAAAGCCGGUCGAAUGGUUGAACUUCAGAAGAAAAUUCAAUCGUUAGCCCUCGAAUGCAGUCAAGUAGGUGACACACGUCCCAUCAGCAACUGCUGUUUCAAUGACACCUCUUCACUGCUACUAACAUCGAGUUGGUCGGGCAUGUGUAAAGUGUGGACGAUUCCAGACUGUACUCUUGUUCAAACACUUCGUGGUCACGUUGCUUACGUGGGUGGUGUUUCAAUGCGUAACGGUGUGACUCGAGAUGAUCCGAAUGUCGUUGCAAUGGCAACCGGUGGAUCGGACGGAACCGUGAAACUUUGGUCAUUCGGCAGCGAAGAAUCGAUAGCUGACAUUACCGGACAUGUACCGCAUCGAGUGUCACGGCUUGCUUUUCAUCCGUCCGGCCGUUUCUUGGGCACAGCUUGUUACGAUUCAUCUUGGCGUCUGUGGGAUCUGGAACAGAAGCAAGAGGUGUUGCAUCAGGAAGGUCACGCCAAGGCUGUUCAUUGUAUUUCCUUUCAAAUUGACGGAAGUGUUUGCGUUACUGGAGGUCUGGAUGCGUUUGGUCGUGUUUGGGAUUUGCGAACCGGUCGCUGUGUGAUGUUUCUGGAGGGUCAUCUUGGGUCAAUAUACGGCGUUGACUUUUCUCCGAACGGCUACAACAUUGCCUCAGCCAGUCAAGACAAUUCAGUAAAGAUUUGGGAUCUGCGUCGACGGCAGCCGGUGUACACCAUUCCUGCACAUGUUAACCUAGUGUCGGACAUCAAAUACCAGAAGGAGGGUGGUCAUUUUCUGAUAUCAUCCAGCUACGAUUGUACCACGAAGAUUUGGUCGAAUAAAACAUGGCAACCGUUGAAGACGUUGCAAGGUCACGACGGGAAAAUUAUGAGCGUGGACAUUUCACCCAAUUCACAAUACAUUGCCACAACAUCGUACGAUCGAACAUUCAAAUUGUGGUCGCCGGAAUACUAAAUCCUUGUUGUGUGUCUGAUGAGUCUGGCAAUAAAGCGAUGAACGUUUGAGUAAUUUUA